UGACCUGCAGAGAAAGUACUCGAUGUUGUAAGUCAGCUUUUUUUGGCUGUCUGACCUUAUUUCCGUGGAUUCGAUUGCUUACCAGCGCCAAGACCGCAGAAUGGCCUCCCCCUUCGGUACCCAGCAAGCCCAACAAGGACCGCAUCCUUCGCUUAUGUCGUCGAAUCCGACGGGAUUUGAUCCUUCAUUUUUCAAUCUAGAUGCUUCCCAGGCUGCCAAGCAGAUGGCAGCACUUUCUGCUGCGAGCAAUGCUAGAAUGGCAAACAGUCGUUCCGCGUCAGUAGUGGGCGGAACAAGUUCGGGGUCAUAUCUCGGUGGAAUUACCUCUGGGAUGCAUUCGACCGUCAGUCAUGACCAGUCCGCUUCUGCUGGGGGCCACCCAAAUUUUCAAAUGCCGAACUCCCAACCGCCAAACUCGGCCAAUGCCCCUUUCCUCGAUCCCACCAUGUCAAAUCCUGCUGCUCCUCGUUCCGCCCCUUCCUCUGCCCAGUACAGGCAGCGGCACCAAGGAUUCUUGGCCGGCCUCGCCAACAUCAUGGCAAAACGGAACACGCCGCUGCCACCUGCUCUCACCGGCAUUCCGACCCCAAAUUACGAUCCCAACACUUCCCAGUUCAAAAUGAUCGAACCUUCUCAGACAGAGAUUGGCUGUUUCCGUUUGGCAGGCAGAGAUAUAGAUCUUUUCAAGCUCUGGGGGCUAACAAUACAGCAGGGAGGAGGUUCCGUGAUUGGAAACCCUAAUACUUGGGCUGUAAUCGCGUCCCAAUUCGAACUUCCGGAAGAAUUACCCCAACCUCAUGCAAGCGGCACCACGUCAAGCGCCCAUGCCCUUCAGGCAUGCUAUAUGCUUAUUCUGGCACCCUUUGAAGACUUGUACAAAAAGAACGUUCAGGAUCAGCAAAGGAAGGCACAAAUGUCCUCAAGGCAGGGAAAUGUUAUGAAUCAGCGUCCCGGCACACCCACCAGACCAGGCCAGGGCGUAGCAAACGGAAUGCAGUCCGGGUUCCCUAACCAGAUGCAGAGGGGUCAGCCCGGUUUUCCAUCCGCCAACGCUGUCGCGCCUCAAACACCACACCAAAGUGGUACCGCGACAUCUGUUCCACAGCCCAGUACGAACACUACACAUAUGUCUGCACCCCAAUCUGUUGACGCGUCUCAUGUCGGAGAGACAUCGGACACAAAUGUUCUCGAGGACAUUCAAGGGGGAAUAAAGCGGAAGCUUGACAGUGAUGACGGAGAUGGCAAACGAGCGCGACAAAAGACCGGUUCGGAGCUACCUGAUGCUAAUACGCCGGCAGCUCCAGCGCCUAGCUCUGGUUCUUCCCAGUCAGUGCCCACCAUGGCAGGUCCAACGCGAACACGGUCACAGCCCCUUCGUCGCAAAAUUGAGUACGUUCCGUACGCACGCGAAGUCGAAACUUAUGGCGGUCGCGAUCUCAAAAGCAUCGAAGCAGAACUUGCUCCACAUCGCGAGCGUCCAUUACGAGAUAUCAAUGACUGGGGCACUGUAGACAUUGAGGCCUUAACCUUGUCUCUUAGCUCCAGAAUUUCGACAGAGCUGUCGUACGCGUUAACGACACUCACCAUACUCUCAACCAUGAAAGGUCAAACCCCUGGUUCAGGUUUCCCUCUCCAUCAAUGCGGAGACCUUUUCGACGAGCUUCUAGACCUCAUGGAAGAACUUGCCUUGGAAGGUGCCCAAGUCCAAGACACAUUCCAGCUCAGUACAACCGAGAUCGACAUACCGACACAUCGGGAAUUGGUGAAUGCAGUGUACGAGGCAGAGGCCAUGCCUUUUGCUGGUCUUGAACGACGGCAAGGGAGUGCUGAUCCACGCUGGGGUUUACGCCAGAGACCAGGGGAUACCAUUCUCAUGGUUCUUGUUAUCGUUCGUAACCUUACAAUGGUGGGCGAAAACAUCGACUUCAUAUCCCAGCAACAUCGACUUGUUGAUUUGUUACUCCGACUGUGUAUAGUGGUGAGGGAGGGUGCCAGUCUUCGUGCAUUUGCGCCGGCUCUGUCUCUCAGUGAUUUGAUCGCAGUCCGCAGAGAUACCAUGGUUAUCUUGAGCUGUAUUGCUGGUCAUAUCCUCUUUUCCAACCCGAGUAAUCCAUCGAAAGGAACGCUGAAGACGGCCACUAGGCUUUUUCAGUUGUGCUCGUCAUACAUCAUCGACCCUGCCGAAGCCGUAUCGCCGAUGUCUUACGUCCAGCUGAAGGGAAUACCGAAUCACGCCCCUCCUUCCUUGGCUGAUUUAUCUUUAGAGGUGUUCACCCGAUUAAGCCAACUAGACUCAAACCGUCAAGUAUUUGCCAAGGCGAUACCCUCGGCAUCCAUCUCCCUCCUCUUCUCAUCACUUGUUCAUCGAUUGCCAAUAUCCGACAUCGAUUUUCAGGUGAUUACCCGCGAUUCAUGGUUAAGCUACUUGGAAAGAGUAGUCAUGGGCAUCUACUCGCUGGCAUUUCUUGCAUCCCCUUCGCUGAAGAACAAACUCAAGGCAGAUCGUGCGAUGGGUUUCAAGGGCGUCAUGCUUCGCAUGAUACAGAAGUUUUUGAUGCAUCACAGCCCAGAUGCUCGCGCCCACUACAUGGUCUGUGCGAGAAGGGCAAUUGAAGCAAUGAAGGUGCUGGAUGAUGGCGAGGAUUCUUUCGAUACAUCCAAGUCGGUAGCGCCAACGAUGUCGUUUGGCAUGGGAUGGGGAGAGGUUGGAGAUGCUAGCUCGGAGCAGGGAACAGGGCUUCUUGGCGGGCAUCGUACAUUGGCUUGGGAUUUAUUGAUGCAACUUGGUGACGAAAUAAUGUUUGGAGAGCUGGAGAGCCUGGCACGGGUCGAGUGCUGAGGAAGCCGGCAUUUUGAUUGAUUGGUAUAUAUAUUUGGAUUGAAACUGCGAUUGCUGUGUAUUCGUAUGUAACUGCUACGCUAAUUAUCAGGGUUGUUUU